UGUUCUGCUUCUUAACUGACGGAUUUCACCUGGGGUUUACGUCACUCUAGCCGAGGGCUACACCAAUCAAUUGGACCCUUGACUGCGUACUUGUUUGUCAUCCUGUGGCAAGCAUUCACCAGCUUUUGCAAUUAAUCUCCCACAUCAUUGCGAACCAUCGACUUCAACAAUGUCAUCGAAAUCCCUGUCGCGGACAGUCGUCAGACUCACAGCAUCUGUCAGCCAUCUUCCCACCACGCAAACGGCGUGUAGAUUCGCUGCGCAGAAGCCGCGAGCAAUUCAUACACGCACAAUACGUCCCAGCAUCGUAGCUCGAACGUGUCGAAACUCUUCAGCACUGCAGUCAAGGCGGUCUCUUUUUAUACAAACAGAAGAAACCCCGAAUGCGGAUGCGUUGAAGUUCAAACCGAACCAACGCAUUCUCCCUGAAAACUUUCCAUCUCCGUAUUUAGAAUAUCUGUCGCCGCGCUCCACGCUACAACCACCACAUCCGUCUCCUUUAGCUGCACAGCUGCUGAAUGUGGACGGUGUUACUUCGGUAUUCUUUGGAGAGAACUAUAUCACAAUCACCAAAGAUAGCGCAACGCCAUGGGCACACAUUAAACCCGAAGUGUUCAGUUUGAUCACUGAAGCAGUGACCUCUGGCCAGCCCAUUGUGAACACCGUGAAACAAAAGGAGGGCGAGGCGGCCGGUCAGGAAGGCACGGAAGCGGAUAGUCUUGCGGCCUCCGAUGAUGAUAGUGAAGUUGUUAGCAUGAUCAAAGAGUUACUCGACACUCGGAUACGGCCUUCGAUUCAAGAAGACGGCGGUGACAUCGAAUUCAGGGGUUUUCACGACGGACAAGUCUUACUCAAGCUGAGAGGCGCAUGUAGGACCUGCGACUCGAGUACCGUCACCCUGAAGAACGGCAUCGAAAGCAUGUUGAUGCACUACAUUGAGGAAGUCCAGGGCGUACAGCAAGUGUUUGAUGAGGAGGAAGAAAUCGCGAUGAGAGAGUUUCAGAAAUUCGAGGAGAGACUGAGGGCGCAAGGUCAUCAGGUGCCUCCUUCUACGACAGCAAAGGGCAGCAUCGACAUGGUCGAAUAACUCCACUAAGGAAAUAGGAUAGUCGCAGAAUCACAACAUCAACUUCUACUCCAUGGCCCGUGCUAUCGGUUUCACUCAAAACUCAUGGCCGCUCCCACUAGCGUAACACAACUAUCUUUGAAGGCCUAACAAUACCAGUCCUUCAUUUCCCACCACGUCUGGACGGAACUUCCGCAUCAUCAGACCUCUUAUUCCUGAUGCGAACGGCACAGUAUCCACCACUAAACUGUUAUUUUAUCGUUAUUCCAGAACAUUCGCAAAGUGGUAUGGUUCUCACGUAGGGUUUGGUAGUGCCAGCAACAGUAGCAAGAGCUUGUACGCAAUUUUAUCAGUUUUCAUUCGACCUUAUCAUAGCGGUCUCUUUCUGACGAAAUCCCAAAGGCUUAGAG